GUUUUCUAUAUGUUUCUAAAUUAUUAAUUAAAGCGUCUCAGUCCGUAACGAUGGACAAUCCAGCCGCUGAUUUGAGAGACGACGUGGUUGAUUCGUGGUCACCAACAGACAGCCAACAGACGCACAAUCAAAUAAAAACGAGUGGCUCCCAAAGUUCAAUUACUUCGACGAACAAUGUAACAUCAACACCAUCGUCCCAACAACAGACACAGCAACAGUACAAGCGAAAUGCAUCGACUUAUUCCAUAGACCUUCCGGCAACUUUGGGACUGAUGGCAGCAAAUGACGCUGCUGGAGCCAACAACACUGCAUCAAAAACAUCGUCAACGAUGAAGCUCACCGAGUACUCGAGCAGCGGAAGCAACAGCAGCGUGGGCGACGCGGUCCUGGCAGCGGCGUACACCGACCCGGGAGCCAACAACGUCGCGCGCAACGGUCACGGACCAGGAGGACGCCGUCGCAAGGGUGGCAAGAAGCAACCGCGUUACGACCCGUUCCAAAUGCGGGACAAAUCCAAAGCGACCACUGACGGUGGCGCCUUGUUGCAUUUGAUCAAGAGCAGUCUUGGAAGUGGCAUUCUCGCCAUGCCCAAUGCUUUCAAAAACGGCGGACUUAUUUUCGGCCUGGUCGGUACAGCAGCCAUUGGAACGCUGUGCACGCAUUGCAUCUACCUUCUGGUACUGUGUUCGCAAACUCUAGCUCGGCGUACUCGUCGUCCAGCCCUCGGGUUUGCUGAUACCGCUGCUGCGGCGUUCAGUACUGGCCCGCGUCGGUUCCGUGCAUGGGCACCGUUUGCCAGGGAGUUCGUCAACGCCGCUUUGUUUUGCACGUACUAUUUCGGCAACACCGUGUACGUCGUGCUCGUCGCAGCUUCAUUCAAACAGGUGGCCGACACGCACACGCCCAUAGAAUAUCACUUCUCAAUCCGCGCAUGGAUCCUCGGGCUGGCCGUGCCGCUGGUGCCUCUCGGGAUCAUCCGCACGCUCCGGCUGUUGGUGCCGUUCUCGGCCAUAGCCACUGGGUUCAUUCUGGUGGGAUUGGGGUGCACCAUGUCGUGGGUGGUGACCGGUGCCAGCCUGUUCGCCGGCGAGACUGCCCUGGCUGCGGCCCAACCGUUGCCCGACAUCACGUCCCGCCCGUGGAUCGCGCCCAUCGGCCACAUGCCGCUGUUCUUCGCCACUGUUCUGUUCGCCAUGGAGGGCAUCGGCACCGUUCUGCCCAUCGAGAACUCGAUGCGUCAUCCACAGCGGUUCCUCACGGCCCGCCCGUGCGGCGUGCUCAACAGCGCUAUGACGCUGGUCGUGUGCUUGUACUCGAUCGCCGGGUUCCUCGGCUACUUGCGUUUCGGUGACGCUACCGACGGCUCGAUCACGCUCAAUCUCCCCAACGAUCUGUUUGCCGAGGCGGUGAAAAUCAUGGUAGCGCUGUCCAUUCUGUUCUCGUACGGGCUGCAGUUUUGCGUGCCCAGCGAGAUUGUGUGGACCCGCCUGGAGCCGUGGCUGCGCAAGCGCAAACAGAAUAGCAUGUACCUGAACGGCGAUAAGACGUCGUCCACCGUGGCCACGAACGUGAUCGCAAGCGGCAAUACGACCACGGCCGUGUCCGUAGACGAGAAGAAGCAGCUCGAACUGGAACUGAAUCAGCAGGAGGCUCCAAUGGACGGAGCGUAUUACGUGAUGCGCGCGGUCAUGAUCCUGGGCACCGUGCUCAUCGCCGCGCUCGUACCCGACCUGGCGCCGUUCAUAUCGCUCAUCGGUGCGGUGUUCUUCUCCAUCCUCGGUCUCAUGUGCCCGGCCGUCAUACACCUGUUCGCGUUCUGGGAGCACGACGACGAGGAUGGCGAGGACAACGGCGACACGGAUUCCGAGGACGAUUUGGACUUUGACGGGGACUAUUACGCCGUGAGCGACGACGCGGAUCUGGACGGCGGCGUGCAGCACCGGUCGCAGAGAAGGAGGAGUAGCGGCAGGUCGACACGCCGGAGGAAGGGCAUGAGCCGUUGGGCCAUGGCCAAAGACAUGGCGAUCGUAAUGAUCGCUCUGAUCGCGUUGGUCUCCGGCACUUAUGCCUCGCUCGUGGACAUCGUGGCUUUUUACGGUGCCGGUGGCGAAGACUCCAGACACGGCGCCAACGUAAACGGCACGGCGACGACCACGACCACAAUAGGCCCUGGCCCGGAAUCGGCCUUCCUGGUAGCCGGGGAGACGGUUUGAACGAGAGCUGAACACAACCGAAAACGUCUCCAUCGCUCUCAUCAUCCAUACAAUUAUUUUUGUUUUUUCCAAUACUUACCCACACUUUUCGCGCGGUCGGCACGGUAUUACCUUCGAACGUCGCACUUUCAUUCGCGCUUUUAUAGAAAUCACAUUAUCAUUAAAGACAAUACGUAAUCUCUUCAAGUAUACUAUAUUCAUUCAUUUUUAACUUAUUAUUUUUGAACUUUUUUUUAUUUAUCAAUUUUCAUGUAAUAUAAUUGUAAUAGCAUGUAAGUUUAUAAAAA